UCACACUAGUUGUAAAAUUAUCAAAUAUAAAUAUAUGUACAUAAAUAAACAUAUGACGAAUUUAUAAAAUGAAGACGUCAUCACCAAUACUAAAAUACUUGUUGAAGAAAGAUGUGCAGUGGUCGAACCAUUGCGUGUCUAUUCUAUCUAAAUAUACGUUCUUUAAAUCCUUAAAGAUAAACUGUAAAUUUCUAGAAAUAUCAUGUGAUGGUAUUGCCUGGCUAGUUUCUUGGGUGGCUUUCAUUUGGCUACUCAAUUCAAAAUCAAUGCUUCAAAUGCAAGUAAAUAUGCUUGUGGGACUUAUCCUAGAUAUUGUCGUCGUAGCCGUAUUAAAGUCAAUUGUGCGCCGACAAAGACCGGUAGCAAUCAAAGAUACGUUGGUAAUAGGACCCGAUAAGUUUAGUUUUCCAUCAGGCCACUCGUCGAGAGCAUUUUAUGUACUUAUAUUUUUUACAAAACUGUAUUCUCUGCAUCCGUUUUUUUAUUUACCCCUUACGGCUUGGGCUAUAUGCGUCUCUCUAUCAAGACUGAUUUUACAACGACAUUACAUGCUUGACAUUUUCGCUGGAGCAGUUAUUGGAGUUCUCGAAGCAAGAUUUCUCGAAUUCAUUUGGAUCAGUGAAACAUUUGCUGGAAACAUUGCUAGUUUUGUGGGUAGUUCGGAUGAAUUAGAAUAAAAUAUGUUGGGGAAUAAAUAUAAUAAAAUCAAUUUAUAUAC